UACACCCCAGUCCUGCAGGGAGCAGGAGCGCGCCAUGGAGCGGAUUUUCCUGCUGUCAACUCAACAAAAGAAGAAGAGUCCUGCUUUCUCCGCAUUGAUAGUAGAAGAAAAAACACCACCCUCCAUCGGAAAGUUAACCGAAAAUUGGUCUUAAAUAGAAAACAGACGUAUAUAAACAACCGAGGAGGAUUCAUACCAAAAUGUGGGAUGGACGAGGUCGAGGACCAUGGGGAAGACCUCCUUUUCGUGGCGAUCACCACAGAGGCAUGUUUGGUGGCCGAGAUCAUCCAAUGCCAGGUUUCAGAGGUAGAGAUGGAAUGAACAUGGGUCCUCUGGGUCCCAUGGGCCAUAUGGGCCCAGGGCAUCAAGAUUUCCACCCAAUGGACAGGAGGAGGAUGGAUGGGCCACCCAUGAGGGGGCGUGAUAUGGAUUCACGAGACCUGCGAGGAAGAGAACCUAACAGAGAUUUCUUUAGACCUGGAGAGGAGCCAGACUUCAGCCAGAGGAGGCAAUUUGAAGUUUGCAUUGGAGAAAGAAUGAUGGAUUCCUCUGCUUUUCCAGGACCAGGAAGGGAUUUAGAAGGCAUGGGGGGCAGGGAUAUGCCUCCAUGGCAUCCCAAUAACAGAUUUUUUGACAUGAGAGAUAGGGAAUCAUUUCAUCAUGACAUGCCACGGUUCAACCGACCUAAUUUUGAUGAAAGAAAAGGCUUUCCCAUGAACAGAAUGGAGCCCAAUGAUGGAUUUCGAGACAUUCACGACAGGCAUCCACUCGAUGCUGAGUGCUAUGAUAUGAACAGACCGCCACAUGAAAGGAGAAUGACAGACAUUGAUGGAAGAGGCGGGCCACCUUUAAUUCCAAGAGGUCAAUUUGAUUCUGAUAUGGAUUUUAGAAGUCAACCUGGACCACCACCAGUGGAAUUAAAGGAUAGAGAUCGGUCUCCUUUAAGAUAUGGAAGGAGUGAUGUUCCUUCAGUAGACAGGGAAAGAUUAGACAUGCCCUCAGAAGUUGGUGGUCCUCAGAGUUCAGAGUUUAUGGGUUCAGGAGACAGUGCAAAUAAGGAUGAGUAUCCAGAUUCAAGUGGUAGUCCUGUUAUGGAUUACCGAUGCGGUGAGGAGAUGACUCUUGCUGAAGAAUGGAAGAACCGACAAAAAGAAUCCUAUAAAAGGAUGGGAAGUGAAACUGAAUCAAAAUUCCCAGUAGGUUUUAGUGAUGGUUCAAAUAAAAGCAAUCCUCCUACAUUUUCUGACAUAGAUAAGCCAUCUUUUCCUGGGAAAGAUGAUAGUUUCACCCAUAGUGAUCGUUUUCUUGCUAUGGGUAUUCCGCCAGUUGGCAAUAAGGGUCCACAGGACCUGCUCCCAAAAGUGAGUCCCUUAACUGAUUCUUUGGAUAGAGAAAGUAAGCCAUGGCUGGAGGAUCGGGAUCCAAAGUUUGUUCCGAAUAGACCAAAUUGUGAUGAAAGAUUCUCUUAUCAUCAAAGACAGAAUGAGCCUCCACUUGGUGUACAGGACCCAGAUAAUCCCUUUCAAAAUAUGAAAGAUGUCCAACUUGAUCAAGUACCUUCAAGGGAAGAUCUUGGAGAUGGGCAUAAUUUCCAAAGAAGCAGUACAUUACAGGCAAAAGAUCAGGAUUACAGGGACAUAGAUUACAGAACAGAGUCUGGGAGGAUAUUUGAAUACAAACAGAAAGAUCUUCAGCCACCAGAAACACUCCUCAAGGAUUCUAAACCAAUCACACCUCCCAAAUUCACAGAUUCUGGUUCCCAGGAUCAAGAUUACAGAAAUUCAUCAUUGAAGAACAAAGCUUCAAACACUAUAUCCGUAUCUGGUAUCCCAAAGACUACCAUGUUGGAGCAGAUUCUCAGUUCCUUUGCAGUUCGUGAUGGUGUGCCAAUGCAGGGGAUGAAAGUCCAAAAUUUCCCAGGUUACAGCUACGAUAUGGCCUAUGUGGAGUUUUUAGACCUCGAUGAUGCAGUCCACUUCAUGGAGUCCAACAAGGGUUCCCUGAAGCUUGGCACUAGAACAGCUUCCAUGAAGUAUGUGCAGCCAGAUGAGUGUAAAAGAGAUGUUCAUCAGGAAUCUGAUCACAAAGUACCUGAACCUCUGGAUUCCCAGUUGCCCAGAUCUGAUGAACCCUUUGAAGAACUGAAUGGGUCCACCCACAGACACCCCGCAGAACAGCAGUCCCACACUCCAUGGCAGCGCAGCUCCGACCUGACCCCAGAGGCGUGGCAACAGCAAGUAGAUCAACAGCUCCAGGAACAAGAAGAACUUGAGCAACAGGCUGAAUCUCUGAACAGCCAUGACCCUCAUCACAGGCUUAAAUCUGUAUUUUCAGAAAGCAAAACCAUGAUCAUAAAGAAUGUGAAGGUCACCACCACAGUGGAGACUAUCCUGAAAGCUUUGGAUCCAUUUGCUUACCUGGAUGAGAGAAAUGUUCGACUGGUGAAAGGAAAGCCACAUGCGGGGAAGUACGGAAAGUCCUUCUGCUUUGUUGACAUGGACUCACACGAGCAAGUGACGCGUCUGGUUGAGCUCCUCACUAAACCCAAACCCUUGUACAUCGAUGGGGUCAGGGUUCACGCGGAAGUAGCAAGACCACUAAAGAACCCCAAUAUAAGAAGAGAUUUUGAUAAACAAGGUGCUUUACCUCCUGGAAUUCCGUCUGAGGCUGGCAUGAUUGUGAUGCAGCUGUACCCACAACCGCUGCACUAUUUGCCACCUCCGCUGCCUCAUGCUGGGGCCCCUCCUGGAGCGGUAGGAGCAAUGCCAGGUGAUUUAGUGACUGGCUGUCUUCCUCCUGCCCUCCCGUCAGACCCCAGCCUGAGCCAGGGUGUAGACUUUGGAAAAACUGCUGCUGUAGCUCCGGUAUAUUCGACUGAAGGACUUCAUGUGUCACCAGACGCCGCAGGGACAACAACUACCUCCACAGAUGGAUCACAGCUUUAUGUUUGUGGCUCUGAGGUUCCCGACACAUCCAACUAUUUGUUUGAUUCAACAUCUGGUUUCUUCUACGAUCCGGAGACGACGCUGUACUACGACCCAAACUCAAGGUAUUUCUACAACGCCCAAACCCAGGAGUACUUGUACUGGGAUGCCACGUUAAAAACCUACAUCCCAGUUCCAGGAGGGCAUUCUGCAGAGACCCGGCCAGCAACGACGAUGACAGCAGAAGACCAAGCCAUUCUGUCCAACCCAGCUGCAGAUGCUCCUCUAGAAAUGAAGAAGCCCUCAGAGCCACCUCAGGCGUCCACAGCUGCAGCCCCGGUUUCUGUUUCAGCUGAAAACUCCACAGAAGCUGGAUUGGCUUCCACCGCGGCUCCUGACAAAAAGGAGGACGAUGAGUCUCCUAAAAAGGAUAAAGAGGACAAGCCAAGAAGUAUCGCUGCUGUCAAGAUUAUGAAAGACAUGGAGCGCUGGGCGAAGAUCCAGAAUCGUCAAAAGGACAGCGUGCGUGCUCCGUCUCCCGUCCUGAGGACAGAAAUGGAGGGUGAAAAGAAACAGUCCAAGUCAGCUGAUGCUGCUUUUGCUAUAUUUGAGAGGAAGAUUUCAGGUGGUGAUGAACUUUUUAAGACGCCCCUCACUCCUGCAAAGAAAGAAGAAAAAUCAAAGCGUCCGAUGGGCUCUUUGGGUCUCCUGGCGUCAGACUAUGGAGCUGGAAGUGAUGAAGAGGUGGAAGAAGAUAGAGAGGAAGCUGCUAAGACCAGUCAGAAGAGCCAGCCCGAGGAGAAGGGGGACAAACUGACAGACUGGAAGAAGAUGGCCUGUUUGCUGUGCAGGAGACAGUUCCCCAACAAGGAUGCUCUGAUCCGCCACCAGCAGCUUUCAGACCUGCAUAAGCAAAAUAUGGAGAUCCACCUAAAGAUCAAGAGGUCAAAGAAGGAGCUGGAGGCCCUGGAGAACCAGGAAAAAAAACUACACUCUAAAGAACCUUCUGGAUCUCCCGAAAAGAAAAAAAGAAAACACUAUCACCAUCACUCUCACAAACGUUCAAACACUCGGGCUGGAAGCUCUGGGGAAACAAACCAAGUCAGCGAGCGGCCUGGACUGGGGGCUGAACCUGUUCAGCAGCAAAAGAAGGAGCCGGUUGUUUGGGACCACACCACCUACAAACAAGCAGUUCGCAAAGCCAUGUUUGCACGGUUCAAGGAACUUGAGUGAUCUCAUCUGGACAUGUCUUCAUUUUGAUGUUUGCCACGCCUGGCCGACCACCUUUUGCAUGAGGAUUCCAUUUUGGCUGCAUUGUCUUUAGUGUAUUGUGUAUAAACAUGUUUUUGUGGCCUGUAUGUACAGUUGUGAAACAUUUUUCCCUUUUUAAAAAAAAAUCAAAUUGA